AUGGGUCAUGGACAUGGACCACUUCCAGAAAUUCCAAGCCCUGAUAUAUAUAAGGUGGAAAAUUGUCCAAAACUUAAAGCAGUUCAAGAUGAAUUAGCAAAACAAGGAUUAAAAGAUCCUUGGCUAAGAAAUGAAGUCUGGCGUUAUCAAAACUCAAGAAUACCUAGGAAGAAACAAUUAUUAAUUGCUAAUACUAGAGGUAUGGCAUUAGGGUUCGCAGCAUUUUUAAUAACAAUAGGGAUAGAAAAAUAUUUUGGAAUUGAUUAUAACAGUCACCAUGGAGAUGGUCACCAUGGAGGUGGUGACCAUGAAGGCGGUCAUCAUUAA